AUGACUGACACCAAGAAGAAAAGCGUCCUUGUUGUCGGCGCAGGCUCUGUUGGUGCCAUCGCCGCACUAAACCUCCAGGUCGGCGGCCUUGCCUUGGUUACAGUAGCCCUCAGAUCGAACUACAACGCGGUGAAAGAGCAAGGGUACACCAUCGAGAGUUGUGAUCAUGGGUCACUGAAGGGAUUCAAACCGAGUGUUGUUCGCAACACCAUCCCAGAUAUCGUCGCCGAAAACCUUCCACCAUACGAUUAUAUUGUCCUCUGCACCAAGAGCGUGCCAGAUGUCGGGCCAACCUCCGUGGACCUGAUCGCUCCUGCACUGCUAAGGAACAAUACACACACGGCGCUUAUCCUCCUGCAGAACGGCCUCAACAUCGAAAAGCCAUUCUUGGAAUCGCACCCCAAGACCAUUGUAAUUUCCGGCGUGUCUCUCAUCGGCAGCGCCGAACCAACCUCUGGCCACAUAGUACAGAAUGAACCCGACCGGCUCCUCAUCGGCGCUUUCCCGCACCCAUCCAUCUGCAUUGAUAACGCAUCGAAGAAAGCGCAGGGAUUUGUCGCUAUGUAUUCUGCAGGAGGAAAGACGGAUUGCAAGUAUUCACCAGAUGUGUUGCAUGAUCGCUGGCGCAAGCUAGUCUACAAUGCUUGCCUCAAUCCCAUAUGUGCGAUUACAGGAGUGGAUUCGGGGAGAAUCAGGUUGGCAGACGGGGGACUGGAAGGAUUAGUCAGACCCGCAAUGGGAGAGAUUGUCGCUGCUGCCAAGGCUGUAGCAAAUGUUGAGUUGGAAGAGGACGUGAUUGACAAGGUGAUCGAUACGGAUCCUAUGGAGAGCUGGGCGAAGCCGAGUAUGCAGCAGGAUCUUGAGAAGGGCAACUUCAUUGAACUCGAAAACCUGCUUGGUGAGCCCCUGCGCGAGGGCAAGAAAGCCGGUGUGCCGAUGCCGACGCUUGAGGUGCUAUAUCAAGUUGCGAGAGCGAUUCAGUGGCGCACAAAAGAGAGGAAAGGACUUGUAAAACUACCAGGCCAGUAG